CACUAUUCUUUCCUUUUUCCCACCUUACGUCAACGGACUCCCAUUAACCCGAACACACAUCAUUAUGGCGGACAGAUUUACUAGCCCAAGACCUCUCAGCAGCGAGGAAAUGUGGGCGGGCUACGAGGCCCCUGUGCCCGAGUACCUCAAAAGUAGAUUCGACGACUUCUCUACGCCAUCUCAAUACCCCGCACAACGGCUAACAUAUGACCUUUUCCCAUACAGCCAGACAGCCGAGAAACACGGCCUGAGACUGUUCAAAGUUUCUAUCAGGGAGCAAGUCUGGAAUCUCGUUGAGAUGGGCCCAGAGAUGGAAUCAUUUGCCAAGACGCAACUGGAAAACCAGCGCAGACUCCCUCCAGAUAUCACGGGGCUGGGAGAGCUUCUAGAUUUCGACGGUAUGAGACAAGACGCGAACAGGAUAUUUCGCGAAGGCGAUUACAUGACCGCAGUAUGGAACUACGUGUCCAAUUGGUCAAUGUUUCUCCCCUGGCAUGUUGAUGCUUUACCGAGGACACAUCCCCUGCGACCCAAGCUGGGCGAAGCGUGCGUCCUAAUCGUACAGACUCUUCAUUGAUGCUGAUCUCACCUCGGCCAACUGACGCGGAACAUCACAGCGAGGCUUCUCUCUUCAACAACAUGUCCGCAUGCUUGUUGAAGAUAUCUGAGGCGGCCAAAAAGUAUGAACGAAACGACUUCGGUAACUUUUACAUGGACGCAGCUUUCAAGACGUCUUGGGUGGCCCUUGACAUGCGCGAAUUCGCCAAAGUCAGGACUGUAUACGGCUCAGCUAAACGGUCUCUGAGCUUGAUCCGUAGACUUUUUGCAGUCACCCCUAGUCCGAACGUCACCGCCGCCAAUAUCGACGCUAUGUGCGCUUACUAUGCUGUUCAAGCGAAGGUUCUGGAGAACGUUAACAAGGAUAUCAUGUUCAAGGAUUUGUCCCCGGAGAAGAAGAUCCCUUGGCCCUCUUUUGAUGACUAUUGGGCUAUGGGUCCCUUUUGUUGGGGUACAACACAUGGCUUGGUACAUGUAAACAAGGAUCCGGUACUAGAGGCGAAGCGAGAAAGGAAUCAGCCAAGAACCCUCACUGAAGAAGAGCUUUGGGCAAUUUGGACGGAAGAUGUCCCAGUGCCAACGGAGCCUCUCGAGUACCGCCAACCUGCUGACGACUAUCCAGAAUUCCGCUUCUGCUACGACAACAUGCCUAUCGGCCGGAUUUACGAAACGCGACAUAUAUGCCGGGCCAAGCGAGAGGUGUACGAAGUGAUCUUUCGGGCUUGUCGGGAUGACGUGUCAAGAGAGGCAUACAAUCAUGUCAUGAGAAGUCAGAGGGAGCGAUCCGUCACGAGUCAUCCUUGGGGCGCGAGGCUUAACGCUGCAGUGGCAAAGAAGGAGGAAGGGACCGAUCUUUACCGGGCCAAGAACAUCAGAGCUGCUCUCUCUACUUACAUUGACGCCUGGGCUGAGCUGCUUCCGCACCACUACAGCUCGCGCCUCACCUUUGAAUGGGUUAAUAGUGGAGCUGGAUCUCUCGAGGCAAAGCUGUGGUCCAACAUAUCCGCGGCUUGCAUUCAGCUCUCAAAAUCGGUCAAUAGCGAUUUCCGGAGGUCCACAUUGACCCUACUAGCGUUCAUGAGCGCCUACUUUAGUUGGCAUUUGCGAGAGUAUACCUCGGUCAAUCCUGUGAAGAACAGCUGUACUCGUCUAUUGGCAACCGUCUCCGACGCUUCCAUCAUGCUGACAACGCUCCAGCCGAAGAUUGAUACCCUGAAGACUCUCUGGCAGCAACAAGUGGAUGUGCUGCAAGGUGCCGACGAUGAGCUGUUCAUGGCGCUGGAAAGACAGAAGAGGGUACCGAAUGCUAUGGGCGAAAGAGAAUGGGCGGAGGUUGGGCCACAGACUUGGAUGGGCGAGAUUGAGAAGCUCAAAGGGAAAAGGUUGUUUGUUUGAUUGUAGAUUCACAAUCCGUGCGAUUUUGUUCCAUCAAGCAGGCUCAAUGAUACCAUGGAUCUGUGAUUGUCAUACAGGGUGGACCUCUGUGUCGUACAUUAACCGGCUGAAAAACGACAGUUUUGGACUAUGAAAUAUGAUUUAAAGACCUAUGGGUUAUAGAAGACAUAUUAUAUUGACAUGGAUCCAAUAGCCUGUAU